GUAAACAUAGAAAACCCCGAAGGGCAGUAAAACAGAAAACUGCAAUGUCAGUGUUAAGAAACAUAACCUCUUUUAUAAUCUGUGCAUAACCUCAUUGUUUGAAUUUUCGUAAAAAUCAUGGAAACAAUGAGUCAAAUAAAGAAAAUCGAGAGGAAAGUGAAAAAGUUACAGCAUGUAGUGUUGAAGGAAACUGGCGUGACGUGCGUUGCGCACCCCACGAAGAUUUUAGCGAUAUGCAACGCAGGGCUUGUCAACGGUUUAACGGAGGAAAUUAUCGUCGAGAAUUUCAAGAAAUACGGAAAUGUCAAUAAGGUUUGCUUGGUGCCCGGUAAAUCGUGCUCAUUUGUGAGUUACAGAGAUUUGGAGUCAGCUACGAUGGCCUACAAUUGUUUCAAUGGUAAAUUAAAUAUAGCCCAGGAAAAUAAGCCUGUGUAUUUGUCGUUUGUGGAGAAUUUGGUGGAUUUUGAGGAGGAGAAAUCAUGGAGUAUUUUACCUGAAGGUUUGGUUGUUUUGGAAGAUUUUAUUAGUGAAAAAGAUGAGGAAACCUUAUUGGAAUUGUGCAACUUUGAUGAGUCCUGUGGAAGCAUGAAAAAUAGGCAGGUUAAGCAUUAUGGGUAUGAAUUUAGAUACGAUAUUAACAAUGUUGAUAAAGAUAAACCUUUGAAGGAAAAAAUACCCAUGGAAUGUGAUUUUUUAUGGACAAAAUUAAAUGAAACAUAUUUCAAAGGUUUUGUACCAAAUCAGCUAACUAUAAACCAUUAUAUGCCAGGGCAAGGUAUUCCUCACCAUAUAGACACUCAUAGUGCCUUUGAAGACCCAAUCAUGUCUCUAUCAUUAAACAGUUCUGUAAUAAUGGAUUUUAAGUGCGAUAAAAAACAUUUUUGCGUGUUUCUACCGCGCAGAUCUCUCGCUAUAAUGUCGGGAGAAGCUCGCUAUAACUGGACGCACGGUAUAACACCGCGAAAAUUCGACGUAAUAAAAUCGCAAAUUGGUUUUAACACUCUCCAGAGAGAAACACGCGUUUCUUUCACGUUCAGGCGGGUUCUACAGGGCAAUUGUACGUGUCGGUAUCCGUUUAAAUGCGAUUCUUACGCUAAAAACAACGAGGAUAAGUGUAUAGAAGAAAAAGUCGCAGCCGAUUUGGAAAAAACUCAUGUACACGAUGUUUAUGAGAACAUAGCGAAUCAUUUUAGCGAUACCAGACACAAACCAUGGCCAAACGUGCUGGAAUUUGUCCAAGGUUUUCAGCUAGGAUCUCUUUUAGUUGAUGUAGGAUGCGGGAAUGGCAAAUAUUUAGGGCAUAACAAAAAUAUAUACGAGAUGGGUUGUGAUACAAGUUUAGGUUUGCUAGAAGUCUGUAAAAACAGAAACUUCAACAUUUUUAACGCAAAUUGUUUGAAUAUACCCUUAAAAAAUAACAUAGCAGAUGCCUGUAUAAGUAUAGCAGUCAUACAUCAUCUGGCUAAUGAUGAGAGAAGAUUAAUGGCUUUAAAAGAAAUGGCGAGGGUUUUAACUGUUGGUGGUAGAUGUUUGAUAUAUGUAUGGGCUAAGGAUCAAAAAAAGGACAAUGAAAAAUCAAGUUAUAUCAAACAGGACAGAAAAAAUCGUAAAGCGGAAAAUAUUGAAAUUAAUAAAAACGAAGAGGAAAUAACAAUUUCUGAAAAUAUUAAACUUCCUGUUCAUACAAAUAGAACCCAAUUCAAACACAAAGAUGUAUUGGUUCCGUGGAAAUUAAAAAGUACAGAGGAAAACAAGCAGACUUUUUUGAGAGAAGUUGUUUGGGCCGAAAAGGCGGUAGAAAUUAGGCCACUGGAAACAAGUAUGCAUAGCGUGUUCCUCGACUUUGGCGAUUUUAAACACCGCUUCGUUGCUGCCAAGGCUCGUGUAUCUCUUAGGUGA